AUGGCAUACAUUGACUUUCUCUCUCCGGUCCUUAUUGUCGGACUGACCUGGGCCAUCUGGAAUUACUAUCACAACAAGCAGGUUAAUUCUGUUCUGGAUAAUAUCCCAGGUCCUCCCAAUAAAUCUUUCGUCUAUGGACACUUCGGCAAAUUUUUCAAUCGUUUUGGGGUAGAGUUCAACAAGGAGGUUGCUCUGAAUUAUGGCUCUGUCUGCAGAAUGAGCGGUAUGCUGGGGCGCACAGUACUUUACGUUUCUGAUCCGAAGGCACUGCACACAAUUGUCAUCAAAGAGGAACACAUAUACCAGGAAUCAAAGGGUUUCAUUGCAGCACUGAAGCUCAUCUUUGGUCCAGGACUCAUUUCAACUUUAGGGGAGACUCACCGGAGACAACGGAAGAUCCUCAAUCCGGUCUUCUCGAUUGCACACAUGCGGAACAUGAUACCGCUGUUUUACGGUGUUUCCCAUAAGCUCCGUAGUGCCAUUGCUCAGCGUGUCGCCAAAGGGCCCCAAGAACUGGACGUCCUCGGAUGGACUGGCCGGACGGCUCUUGAACUCAUCGGGCAAGGCGGCCUUGGUUAUUCUUUCGAUCCACUUACUGAGGAUUCCAAGAAUGCUUUCGGAGAGGCACUGAAAGACUUGAGGCAUGCACUUUUAUUCCCCAGCCUGCAGAAAUUCGACGGUUCUCGGCACUUCCUCCCAUUCUUUACCGCAUUAGGGCCUGCUUGGUUGCGGAGACGCCUUCUUGACUUGAUCCCCAACAAAGACGUGCAGGCUGUCAAAAACAUCAUAGACACAAUGUCCCAGAAAUCAGUUGAGGUUUAUCGGGAAAAGAAAGAGGCUCUCGCUAGGGGCGACCAGGCAGUCAUUCAUCAAAUAGGAGAAGGAAAAGACAUUAUGAGCAUACUGCUUAAAGCGAACACUGCCGCGUCUGAGUCAGACAGGCUGUCCGAAGAGGAGUUGAUUGCACAAAUCUCAACCUUUGUCUUCGCUGGAAUGGAUACUACGUCGAAUACAAUUUCUCGCAUCUUGCAUAUUCUUGCCCAGCGUCCCGAGAUGCAAGAGAAGUUGCGAGAAGAGAUUCAGAAUACGGGUGCAGGAGACUCUAUAUCUUAUGAGGAUUUGAACAAGUUAUGUCUGCUCGAUGCAGUCUGUCGAGAGACACUGCGUGUUUAUCCCCCUGCUACGGAGGUCACUCGCGUGCCAACAAAAGAUGUUGUUCUCCCCUUGUCCGAGCCGAUUAUCGGGCUCGAUGGAACUUUGAUCAAGGAGAUCCCGAUUCCGGAGGGCACAGAGAUUUUCAUUGGUACGAUGGGCUCUAAUCUUAGACCUGCCAUGUGGGGCGAGGAUUCUCUCGAAUGGAAGCCCGAACGCUGGCUGUCCCCGCUCCCCGCUAAGGUCACAGAGGCUUCAAUUCCUGGCGUCUAUUCCAACCUGAUGACUUUCAUGGGAGGAAAAAGAGCAUGCAUUGGCUUCAAAUUCUCGGAAAUGGAAAUGAAGGUCGUGCUGUCCGUGUUGCUCUCAACAUUUCGUUUCGAAGAGACAGAUAAACCCGUCAUGUGGAACGUGGGCGGUAUAUGGUACCCCACGGUGGGGCCGGAGAGUAACGUCCCCGAGUUGCCAUUGAAGGUGUCUUUGCUCGAAGAUCCGAAAGUUUAG